ACAAAAAUGUGCCAUACCACUAUUUCCGAUAUUGAAGACAAUAUUGACGACACUUCCUCCUCAACCUCUUUUUCGGUCAGUAAAAGAACUGGUAAACUUAUCGAACCCCGAAAGAUAAGAAAACCGUUGAUGGAGAAAAAACGGAGGGCGAGAAUUAAUCAAAGUUUAGAUGAGCUCAAGCGAAUUGUAGUAGACGCCGAGAAACUCAAUGGGCAAGAAAUUUCAAGGGUAAAUAAGUUGGAGAAAGCUGAUAUCUUGGAAAUGACAGUUAGGUACCUAAAACGUCGUCCGAUGUCAACGCCAUCAGGUUCAGACUUUUACCUUGCCGGUUUUAAACAGUGUAUCGACGAGGUCCAAGAGGUAAUAACAGAACAUUGGACAAUUGGAAAGUCACAAUCGGGAAAUCGGAUGGUUGAACACCUUCAAAAGUGCAUGCAACGACUAAGUUCACCUGAGAAACAUCCAACACCAAACGACUCGAAUAACCUCUCCACAAUACAGUCUCAUUUCAAUAGCAAUAAAAUUAAAAUGGUAGAACAAUCAAGGCAUACAGAAUUUGAAGAGACUUCCAAUACAAUGUGGAGGCCUUGGUAA